CUUUUCUCACAACACAAAAACAUUACUUAUCUAGAAAUCAAGAUUUAAAAAAAAGAGAGUGAGAGAGAGAGAGAAUGGCUGCAACUAGACUUUACCAAGAAUUUGAGCCUGCAACUAGAUGGACCUCUGAACCAGACGCCGAGAUCCUUGUCGUUGAUCUUCCAGGAUUCAAGAAAGAACAAGUUAAGGUGGCGGUAACCACAACAAGGAAGCUAAGGCUAACAGGAGAACGUCCAACUGGUGGAAACAAAUGGAUUCGUUUCCGCCAGGAAGUUCCCAUUCCUAUGACCGUUGAUAUUGACUCGGUUUCAGCUUUGUUCAAGGAUAACAAACUCUACAUCCGACAUUCCAAAGUCCAGACAGAAAGCCCUCAGACUAAGCCACCACCACCACCACCGGUGGUCACGAAACCACAUGAUCAACAUGACGCAAAACAAGGCCAGGGCUCUAAAGCAGCAACGGUCGAGAAGCCUAACGGUGCCAAGAUAGAAAGCCCUCAAACUAAGCCACCAUCACCUGCCAAACCACCGGUGAUGACGAAACCACAUGAUCAACAUGAGGCUAAACAAGGCCUGGUUUCUAAAGCAACAACGGCCGAGAAGCCUAACGGUGGUAAAACCGAAGAGCCGAAGCAUGAAGCACAGCAAAAAGCAGGGGAAAUACAGAAUGACAACAAGGAACUAAUUGGUGAGCCUAAAGGACCCUUGAGUUCCAAGGAUGAGGAUAAAGACAAAGUUGGAGCUAAAUUGUUUGAGAAGUACAAAGAGGCAACUGGAAAUGUGGUAAAGGAAGCUAAAAGCAAAAGACAGUUACUUUGCAAUUUGGCUGCUUCGGUUACAUUGGUUCUGCUAAUCCUACUCUAUGCUAGAAAUGCAGUACGUUCAUCCCUUGUGUGGAACUCCGAGGAAUGAGUGACCCUUCACAUUUGCGACUUACGAUGUAUAUGUUUGCUCAUGUAGAAAAUAAAUAAUGUUUGAUAA